AUGCCGCCCAAGAUAAAGUUCGAGCUAAAGACCCCGAAGGGCACCAAGGAUUGGUUCGGCCCCGACAUGAUCAUUCGGGAGCAGAUCUUUUCCGUCAUGAGGAGUGUCUUCCAGCGCCAUGGAGCCAUGGAGCUGGACACGCCCACCUUCGAGCUGACCCCGAUCUUGACUGGCAAAUACGGCGAGGAUAGCAAGUUGAUCUACCAGCUGGCUGAUCAGGGCGGAGAGGACUCAUCUCUCGUCUACGACUGCACAGUGCCCAUGGCGCGCUGGCUCGCGCAGAAUGCCAUUGAGAACGUCAAGCGAUACACCAUCAAGAAGGUCUACCGCCGCGACCAGCCCGCCAUGAACAAGGGCCGCCAGCGCGAGUUCUACCAGGCCGACAUCGACUUUGCCGGCGCCAACUACGACCCCAUGCUCCCCGACGCCGAGAUCAUCCGAAUCACCACCGAAGUCUUCUCUGCCCUUGGCUGGGCCGACACCUACACCAUCAACAUUAACCACCGUAAGAUCCUCGACGGCAUGUUCCAGGUCUGCGGCGUCCCCGACGAGAAGAUCCGCGCGAUAUCCUCCGCCGUCGACAAGCUCGACAAGGCCCCCUGGGCCGACGUGAAGAAGGAGAUGACUGCUGAGAAGGGCCUUGACGAGGAAGUCGCCGACAAGAUUGGCGAGUGGGUUAUCCUUGAGGGCAAGCAGGAUGUCAUUGAGAAGCUGCGCGCAGACGAGAAGAUGGCCGCCAACGAGCUCAUUCAGCAGGGUCUCUCCGAUAUGGAAAUUCUCUUCGAGUACCUCGAGGUGUUUGGCUGCCUGGAUCGCGUCUCUUUCUCGCUCUCUUUAGCUCGUGGGCUGGAUUACUACACUGGUAUCAUCUACGAGGUCCGUGUGCCGGAAUCCGCCCCGCCCGUUGCGCCUGCGGACGGUGAGGGUGGCGCGAAGAAGAAGAAGAGCAAGAGCAAGAACACCGAGGACGCGUCUGAGAGCGUCGGUGUCGGCAGUGUGGCGGCCGGUGGCAGAUAUGACAAUCUUGUCGGCAUGUUCUCCGGCAAGAAGCAAGUCCCUUGUGUCGGUAUCUCGUUCGGCAUUGAGCGUAUUUUCAGCUUGAUGAAAGCCAGGAUGGCGGCAGAGAACGAGGCUGCCCCCAGCACUGUUGAUGUCUAUGUCAUGGCGCUUGGGUCCAAGGCCGGCCUGGUCAAGGAGCGUCUUCGUGUCAGUGCCCAGCUCUGGGAUGCUGGCGUCAAGGUGCAGAAGCGCCUGGCACGGAAGCGCGAGCUCGAUGAGAUUUCCCGCAAGGCCGGAGGUCUCAAGGUUGUUGGUGGUCUGCGUGGAGAGGAUAUUGACAAGGCGGAAGCCAAGAAGGAGGAGCCCGCGGCCGAAGCUGCUGCUCCCGCGGCUGCUGCUGCUACCGAGGAAGUGAAGCCCGUGGAGACGCAGUAG